UUUUCGAGCGGUGAUACUCCCUUCUAUCUUUUUUUCCUUCUCUUUUUUAUUUCGUUCUCUCGGACUCUCGACAGUCGUUUAAGAGGAUAUUGGACGCCAUUGAACGUUUGGUUCUGUUCCCAGCCGGCGCGGAGGACACAGUGAAUAGUCGUGCGCGCGUGUUUGCCAGUCGACGUACAGGUCGAAACGCAAUCCUGCCCGCGGGGUAGUAUGGGGGAGUGCGGGAGAUAGAUCGUCUUCGGGGUAAUCUGGCGUUGACGUGACCUAGCCUAACGUAACUUUUGUUUGGGACAUCGGUGGCCCACCCACACCAUCAUCCCCCGCCGGCCAUCCCUCGUUCCCAAAGCUGGUGCUCGUGUGUGUGUACACUUUUCUGGAGUGUGUGCGACUGCUUCGACGGGGAACAACUUCGCGCGUCUACGCGGUGUAUGUGCUCCCGAGGGUUGUUCUUAGUGCAUCUGCAAUGUGAGCAUUCGGCACGUGGACGUCCCCGAUUCGCUCGGAGAACAACGUGCAGGAUAUCGGCAGCCUGGUUUCCAAGAAGCAGCCAAAGAUGCUGUGAGACAUUCGACGCGUAGCAAUCGGGUAUUCAAUGGAAUUCACACCCGGCGAUUGUGGCUGUAUAUGAAGCUGUUUCGGAUAUCGGCGAGAACACUCACCACCUUGCGGCCAUCACGAUGCCAGGAACGUGCUUGAUGACCGAUGCGGUCAGGAUCGUCGACAGUUAGUGAUGAGGAGGAGCAAGUUGUCGGCGUGCCGAUGGCUCAGGUCACCAGUAACAUGCCAGUUCUCGAUCACAGACCAGACCCAGGUCCUCUUCGAGGACUUCUCAUCGGCGUUUUCGUUCUGUUGUACCUGCCACGGUGUCACUGCUAUGGCUCAGGACAAUGUACCGCGGCGCUGGGUAUGGAGAAUGGCGAAAUCCCCGAUGAAGACAUAUCGGCCAGUUCUAUGUACGAUCCCAGUCUUGGGCCGAAACAUGCCAGGCUGAGACAAGACAAGGGCGGCGGCGCCUGGUGCCCGAAAAAUAUGGUCACGAAGGAGGGCAAGGAGUACUUGGAGGUGAAUCUGCACAACCCACGUGUACUAACGUCUACCAGGACCCAGGGUAGAUACGGGAACGGCCACGGGGUCGAGUACACCGAAGAGUACUUCGUCGAAUAUUGGCGACCCGGGUUCAACAAGUGGGUGCGAUGGAGAAAUCGACGUGGCAUGGAGCUUCUAGCGGGCAACAAUAAUCCUUACACAGAGGAAAAGCAGAUCUUCGACCCGGCGAUCGUGGCUACAAAGGUCCGUUUCAUCCCUUACACCUCCCACAUGCGCAUGGUAUGCUUACGGGUGGAGCUUUAUGGCUGUCCAUGGACCGAGGGUCUGGUGUCGUAUUCCAUGCCCCAAGGAAUUAAGAGGGGUUCGGAGGUUGACCUUUCAGACAGGACGUACGACGGCAGGGAGGAAGGAGGUUACCUCUCGGGGGGGCUCGGUCAACUUGUCGACGGGCAAAAGGGUCCUGACAACUUCAGAUUGGACGUCAGUGGUAACGGGAAAGGAUACGAAUGGGUCGGUUGGAGAAACGACACGCCCAGUAUGCUUGGACAUCCCGUUGAAAUAACUUUCGAAUUCGACUACUCCAGGAACUUCACUGCCAUACACUUGCACACGAACAACUAUUUCACCAAGGAUGUGCAGGUCUUUUCUUACGCGAAGGUUUAUCUUGGCGCGGGUGGAAACCAGUUCAACGGAGAGCCGGUCCAGUUCUCCUACAUACCGGAUCUGGUGUUGGAGCAGGCACGUGAUGUUACCAUAAAGCUUCACUCACGUGCCGGUCGCUUCCUGAAACUGCAGCUGUAUUUCGCGGCGAGGUGGAUCAUGCUCAGCGAGAUUAUCUUCGAAUCGGUAAUCUCCGAAUGGAACAACACCGACGAUGAAGAGCCGAGGAACAAGAGUGCCAUUGUAUCGGCGACUGGCAGCCCCUAUCAGAAUAACGAGGGUCCAUUGCAGAGAGACGAAGUGAAGGCCACUUUUAAUAAGGAGGAAAACAACGAUAAUGCCCUUCCAGAGAAAAGCAAGGAGCCAGAGUCCAAGCAAUUCGUCGGCCUGGUCAUCGGGAUCCUGACUACUGUGAUCGUGAUGCUACUGGCCGCGAUCAUGUUUAUUUUCUACAGGAAUCGAAGACUCAAGGCUGCCCUCGCACCGUCUACGUUCUACGAUCAACACGGCGAUCUGAAGGUCUCCGUGCAGGAGGAGGGUGAGGACAAGGGACCAAUUUGCCCUCCGCUUCCGGCGCAGUACCACGCGGCUGCCUACACCACGACGACACCGCAACUACACAAAACUAUCACGGAUUACAGCGGGAUCACGGAGGCGCAGCCGGUUAUUCCGCUCUUGCUGAACACGGCGAUCAAUCUUGCCAGGCCAAUUCCGCCGGUUCAAGAAUAUCCAUCUAAUCCGCCACCCAUACCACCGCCGCCGGAAAAGUAUUACGCCAGUACGGAGAUCUGCAAGAAUUCCCUGCCGCCGUUGCCACCGUCGCCGACACCCAGCACGCCACCGCCAAUGAGCGCGAAAGCCUCCAGUAGCAUGACAAGCUACAGUCCCGAGGAUAUGCUUACAGAAGAGGAAGACGAGGUGCCCGAGUGCAUCUUAGACUUCCCCCGGGAAAAGCUCAACAUCGUUGAAAACCUCGGCUGCGGAUACUUCGGCGACGUUCACAUUUGCGAGGUCGACAGGUUUCCCGGAUACGACGAAGUUUUCCGGAACACCAGCAGCGACCUCGUGAUCGUUAAGUCCCUGAGACCUGGAUCCUCGGAUGCGCUUAGGAUAGAAUUUCAACAGGAGGCAAAAAGAGCGGCACGUCUGACCGAUCGGAAUGUCGCGCGGCUACUAGGCGCCAGCCUCGAAGACGACCCCAUGUGCAUCGUAUUGGAAAACGGCGAGUACGGGGAUUUGAAUCAAUAUUUGCAGAGCCACAUCGCUGAAACGUCCACCGUGCACACUGCCAAGACACUCAGUUUCGGCACGUUGGUUUACAUGGCCACGCAAAUAGCAUCCGGUAUGAAACACCUCGAGGAAAUGGACUUCGUGCAUCGGGAUCUCGCUACAAGAAACUGCUUGGUGAGCCGUGGUUACACGGUGAAGGUAUCGGAUCUGGGUUCUGGAAGAAGCGCCUACGCAGCUGACUACUUUCGAGUCGAUGGUCGACCACCACUGCCAAUUCGAUGGAUGGCCUGGGAAUCCAUGCUGAUGGGAAGACACACGUCGAAAAGCGACGUUUGGGCUUUCGCGGUGACGCUCUGGGAAAUUCUAACAUUCGCGCGGGAGCAACCGUUCGAGGAGCUCCCCGACCAUCGCAUCGUCGAGAACGCGACUUAUUUUUACCAAGAGGACGAGAGGAGGAUCAUCCUCCCGUUGCCCAAGAACUGUCCCAAGGACGUCUACGACCUGAUGCGCGAGUGUUGGCAACGUAACGACGUGGAUCGACCGAAUUUCCGCGAGAUCCACCUGUUCCUUCAACGAAAGAAUCUCGCUUAUAAGCAUAGCGACACGAACGACACCUGAUACAGAGAACUAGAAGGCUGGAACCUCAUCCGGCUUUCUAUGAUCGGCGAGCUGAAUGGAAAUUGGUGGCACAGCCCUUCGACGACCAAGUUACACCAAGUCAGACCAAGUUAGUACCUAGGGUGGCCCACCGUUCGAGAUGACGAUCGAUGAAUCGUCUUGGAUUGAAAGGUAAAUCGUCGGUAAAUUGGUCAUGUUCAUCCAUCAACGCGGAGACUGAUCGAGUCGUUCUCCGUUUUGGAAACGUAUCCGAGAACCGAUCCUUGACGUUGAGCGCUAUCAUAGUAUACGUUGGCGUAUAUACCAUGAUAGAUCUUCUAUUCCGUGGUGCCACUCGUGGUGAAAUUCUCAGCAGUCAGCAUACUAAUUCCAUAUCGAUGUCUCACUUUCACGACUGUAUCGUGAUUCGAUCGGUCGAUCCAGGAGAAUCGUGUCUCAAACAUUUGUAAAUCGUGUUCCUUCGAACGUUCGUUGCGUACUUUUCGAUCACUGGGUACGCGGAGGGAAUCGUCUGGAUCAGUGUUUCCCGAAUUUGUACAUGGAACGCUGGUGUUCCAUGAAAAAGCGUGGAUAAAGUUUAAGAAAAUAAGGUAAAAUAAAUUUUGCAUACUUGCAGCGUAUAGCACUUUCAUAUUGUUGUAGUAUUUAAUAUUAUUUUCUUUUCAAUUAUUAAUGUACUGACAUAUUAAUCGUAACGAAGAGGUAACAGUGUAUCAAUGUAUGGUUACUACAAGAAAAAUGUACAAAGUAGUGACAUUCAUUAUUUCUAAUUAAAAAUCAUCGUUAUGUAAACAUAGCUUAAAUUUUCAACGGAUUCGAUCGUUUUCAUGCAUGUAUUUUUAUUUUGAUGUUACUUUCGAAGAUGAAAUUUAUUAGUUUCGCGAUUCUCACAUCGAGAAAUGAGUGCAAACGUACUGUAAAUAGAUUGCGAGACGUAAAGUGUCCCCGUGGCAAAAAAGUUUGGUAAACGCUGAUCUGCACGAUGAUUUCGUGCGACGUCCGGCACGAAAUGGAACGUUCCUAUCGUGGGCCAAUAGACAGAGAGCACGUUCGAUAAAUCGCACAUACGCUAUCCUGAAAUUGAUACUGUCGGCAAACAAGCUUAUGAUACCCACCACAACGGCACUCGCGUCACGUUCAGAAUACACGCGGUCAGAACUUUGAAAAUUGUCGAAGACGCAUCCUUUUCUUCGCCCAGAGAUGGGUAAAAUUCUCACGUAUUAAACGAAUAAACAUAAUAUUCGACCUGUCGUUUGUUCGAUACAAAUCACAAACUGAAAUUAUAGAUGGAAUCAAAUUACGUGUCACAUUGAACAAACAACAGCUUGUCUGGAUACAGUCGAAUAAAUGUUGCGAGUAAAUCGCUACUUAGAGCCUUUAUUCGCUCGUUUAUCGUUCGAAUAAAAUUCUGCGCAUCUCUGUCCACGCAAAGUCUACACUUCGCUUCUUUUCCUCGAGAAACGCGGGUGUUCGAGAACUGAAAGGAAGCAAUUUCUAAAUGGUAAUAACAAGACUAACAAUUUGUUCGAUAAAUCGGUGAUAAGCUAUCUGUUGGUUGAUCCUUCUUGAAACUAGUGAUGUUAAUGUACGUUUCUAACGAAUCGAGUUGAAAGAUAAUUCGGUGCGACGGUAAGACACCCGAGGGCAUUUGUAGUUCGUUAAAGUGUCGAACUCGAAGUGUCGCUCUAUUUUUUAUCUCCUACCUUCUUUUUUUUUUUACGCGAGACUUUAAUUAACCGCCGCUGACGAAGGAAAAACUGGCGGACGCACGCAGAUUUUGUAUCGGGGGUAGUUCAGGGCGCAUCGGAACUUGAGAUUGCCGAUUAUGUUCGACGGAGGGUGCACCAGCGGAACGGACCAGUGUCCCGUGACUGGGCUGGUUUAUCGAAAAAGAGGGGAAAAAGUGGACGAUGGGAAGGAAUUCCUCGGGCCACGGGCUUGCGUUAAGUUCCCUGAAUCCAGAGAUGGGCGUCAUCCAGAUGAAAACGAAAUUAUUUAAAUACAAACUCGCGUGAAGGUACUUUACGUUUAACUUGACGAAUAACUUACGAAUACGGACAUUUUUGUUCUAUUUCACAAGGUUCAUUUACAAACGUACAAAGAUGGAAAUCUUACUCUAAGUUGAAGACGAAUCAAUCUAUCCGUCAUUCACCAAAUAAAGACGACUCCAGUUACUUUUUUUUUCGACGACUAAUGGAUAAAUAUCACUUGAAUUUUUUAUUUCGAGAGAGAUCCUGUCCAUCUCUGAAACUACUAAAUAAGCUUAAGAUGCGCUUAGCCGAAGUGCAUGAAUGUUUGACAAUACCACUAGAGGUUGCAGUAUAAAAUUCGUAUAUAUAUAAAUAUAUAAAUAUAUAUAGCGUGUAAAGAAUGUUAACGGAUUAACCGAUAGUAUAAAAUUAUUAGAGAACGUCGAUUUUAAGGCUUCGCAUUCCCCUCGGCGGUGUGGCGACCGUUUUGCGCUCGUUAACCCGGUAUAUCGAUUCGCAAAACUUGGUCGCCGUCCCGAGAACCGAAUCCAGCAAAACCACGGAGUCGAAUGCAUCGUGAUUCCUGGGAGCGGAGAUAGGGGAUGGGUUGGAUGGGGACGUAGGAAGGAGAAGCUCUCGUGUGACCUGAAGUUAAGUUUAUAGGAAGGAAUAGACACGGUCCAUUUACCCGAUGGAUAUUCCCGCUCGUUUCUUGGACGUAUUUUUGCCGAUCUGUCGAAGAUCGACGAGAGCUUCGACGAUACGUAGCUUUCGCGGCCAAUAAAACGUCGAUUUUUGUUUCCAUUAGGAUGUCCCGGAAAGUAUUGCGCGUUGUGCUCGCUUCACUUCGCCUCUGAGAUAGUUUUAAAUCUUUUAUCGAAUCGAGGUGUGUGCGUUCAUACAUUGCUGGAAAACUGUUUUUAAAUAUAAAAUACCAGAAAGUAUAAGAAAUUUAUCAUCUCGCUUUGCUCCGUUUCUUCGGCAACUUGGCAAAAUGAUCUUUUUAGUAUCUUUGGUUCUCAGAGAAGGAAGUUGGUUUGUAUUCGUACUGUUCAUGAAUAAUGCAAAGUUAGAAACGAAAACCAAAGAAAUUCCAAAUCGAUUUUCUUUUUCCUCCAAUGUAAUAUGUUUAUCGGGUACAGGACCGUGGUCAGCGCGAAACAAGGAAAAACUUAAUAAUUGUUAGAGGACGUUAGAUCGCAAGGCGUACCGAUGCGUUGUUCUGGAAUUUAUAACGUUACUGAACAGUCACACUCAUGAUCUGUAAAAUAUGAAUCACCGUAGAAAACAUAAGUGAUAAAUGUGCACGCGGUUGAAAAUAGUUGUGCGAAAGGACCAACGCCCUCUUGAACAUUUCUAGCUAAUUUACGUCAUAUAAAAAAAUGUAACUGAAAUAAUCAGAUAUUUGCUCGAUGCAAGAUUAUCAAUACAUAAAUCCUCUCCAAGCAUUUCAUCGAAGACCUACUCCAGACCAUUGAUGUUUCCGGUCCUUGUCGAUAUUAGAACUUUUCUUUUCGUUCAUGAAUGUUUAGUUUACACAUACGACAUAAGAGACUUCAUAGAAUAAAGACCUACCGAACAAAUAAAAAAUGAAUGAAAAAUAUCAGAGUCCUUUCGCAGGAUUAGGUUCGCCGUGAAACUAAUCGAGAGGUAUCAUUUUGAUUAUGAAAAUUCUACGAUAUUGUCUAUGACACGACGUUGGUAAUUUAAUAUGAUAUAAAAGUAAGACCGAUAACAGUGAGGAAUACUGCCACUCUAUUAGGGAACGUAUAAUAUAUCCAGCGACACCUAAGUCGCGGAAUUUCAUUUGUGACCUUCCUUCGUCGAAACAAUGAAGGAAAACGAUAAAACGAGAACGGGUAUUAUGCUCGGUCGUGCAGGACUAGUCUAGUUGUGUCGCAGGGGAUCGAUGUACAUAUCCACUUUGAUGAGCUUAAUGAAAUAUAUUGAUGGCAAUUUUGGCCGACUUUGUGGACGUUUUCUGCACGAUCGAAUGAACGAGAAGGCGUGCAUGCAGUCCUUCCUACAAAUUGAAAUGGAAAACGAAAGAGAGUGGUUUCCAUAUUAAAGUUUAAUUACGUUUCGUUUAGGUAUCAAUGCUCUCGUUAAAACCAUUAUAUUCACGAUGGAAGUAUACGUGAUAUGUUUCUCUUCUGCAUAACGAAGCAACAAAUUAAUCUAAUUUAUUUGAAACAAACCAGUGAAUGCUCGUUUUUUAACGUGGCAUAUCAUGUCCUAUACAAGGGAGAACAAAACGAACGUCGAAUUGCAUCGAAUUUUGGAUACGUGUAAUAUUCGAGUACUAACGAGACCAUUAUCUUUGGAAUUCCAGUGGAACGUAUUCCUUUUCAUUAACCAUUUUUUUGUACAAAUUUAUUGGAAUUUAUAGCACUUCCUAUACGUUUCACGUUCGAUCAAUGGGAUUGUAACGUAACGAGAUCUUUUCGUCUAAUUAAAUAUCGAGAUUGAAAAUGAUUAAAUUGGGUGGAACCAGUGUUGUUAAUUAAGUAUAUAAUAUCGUGCCAUCGACAUAUCAUUUGUUUGGGCGAAGAAAAAAUUCGACGUGACGAAUGCGUGGAUCUCGAUACAGAAAUAAAAAACAAACAAUUGUACGCGGAGGAAUUUGAUUGUAUUGUAUAUAUCGUGAAAUUGAACAUAUCUUGCUCUGCUCGUUCCUGAUUGUUCAUGGCGAAACGUUUCUUUUUGUAGGAAGAAUUCCUAUCGUGUGAGCCGAGUGUUUGAGAGUGAGAGUGGAAGAGAGAGAAGUAAACAUUCGCAGGAUGUCUCACUCGUUACUGACAACCUAAUUAUUUUCUUGUGAGGAUGUGAACAAAUGUUUUGUAUAUAAGUUUCGUAGUUUUGACGAGUGAAUUCCUACAGAAGAAUAAUUUUACUUUCAACGUGAUCUGUUUCAGAAGUUUUAAAGCCACAGAUGUAAGUAUUUUUUCAUUCUCUCUUGCAUAUCGUACUUAUAUUCCAGAACUUAGUAUCAACUUAGAAAGAUCUUGUGGAUAGUCAUCUGACUUGUUUCGAGUCAGACACCCUGUAUAUGUAUACACACAUAUACACGUUGAAAAUCGUCGAGGAUUCAUCGACGAUGAGAAUUCAUUGAACUAAUCGUUUCCACUGUAGCGAUAAUCUUACGAAGCGUGAGAAACACUUUGUACAGUUUGUAAUAACAAAACCGCGAGUAUAUGCGGCACAUUUCACUCAUCCGCUGAGAAAAUGCGUUACUUAAUGUUCCCACGAUGCGUUUUAAUUUUCAAAGGCGAAGACGGGAUCGACGAACGAACGAUUACGUUUAGAAACUCACCAGAGACGGGUAAAAUUUGACUCGAUAACGAGUAAAACAACUUCAUAAAUAUUAUACUUUCAAUUAUAAAACGAAAUGAUAUUUUAUCUUGAACAAAGAUGACUGUAUCGUGCAUUCAUUCGUCAUCUGUUAUCGGAAUCAAAUUUUGCUAGUCUCUGAAAUGCACUUGGUUGUUGCAUGGAUGAUUGUAUACAAUGUUUCAUUCAUACUUCGACGUGUGAUAAGUGAAUAUUUAUAUCGUCUGUGCAUUAAAUAUUUCGGGAGCAGGGUGUCUCCUGUGGAACGAAGUUCCAGCAACAUUCAAUUGACCGUUCAAUGUUCAAAGUCACCGUAGAACCAUUCCACUAGGAUCCUAAAAACCUGCAAACACAUUUCUUGAUCUUCUAUUCACGAAGUGGUUUUUUAUUUACAAUGGUGGAAGAAACCUUUAGCGACCAGUUAUCAUCCAGUUACAUUAGGCAAAUAUAACGUUCUAGUUUCGUAGAGAGCCCACGAUAUUUCCUGUUACAAUUCAACGCUUCCUCAUAUCGGAUUUCGUUUUCGGCCGAUCCGCUACGUAAUAAUUAACAAACUCGGUUCGCGCGUUCCGGUAACGUUCCCGUAUAUUUAGAGAACUAUUUCUUCAUUUCGAAAUUAACCGCUCCGAGGAUGAAUUACUUCGCUGAAAUUAAACAUAAACUAAAAUUGAAACUGACCCGCAUAACACAGCCAUUAAUCGUGCAAGAUACUAUUACCACGUACGAUUGGAAGAUUUAAUUACGAAUAUUCGUUUGGAAUUUCAGUGCUACACGCCUUGUCAUCGGAACAUUUCUCGAAUGUCUGUAAUUCGAUUACGCGACGUUUUGGUUGAUGUGAUAAAGAUAGAUCAAAUAUAGACUCGUGAAUUGAUCUGACAGAGGCCAUCAUGCUUUUAUUUUUAAUUUCUACUCAUAACAUUUCCUUCAUUUGAAUUUUAAAUUUUCCUCACUUACAAAAUAUUCUCCGUCUUUCCCUUCCAUAUAAUAUUAAAAAUCGCCAAAAUACUCAAACUAUUCCAAGAAGUAAUUCAAUUUUCUCUCUGGAAGGAGUAGGUAAUCGUAUCGCAAAGGGGUUGGAGGUUGUCGAGGGCUCGAAUUCGCGUUUAUUAUCCAGGAACCGGAGCUGGUUCCUUUGGCAUCAAGCGAAUCGUUCUUUCGUCCUCGAACAUCGGUGGUUCCCUCCUCCCGUCUCGCCUUUGUAAACGAGCCUUGUUUUCCCGCGCAUAUUUACGCAAUGAAAGCGUUCGGUUUUCGUCGCGAGCCACGGGCCGGCGGUCACAAACAAAAGUCGGAUCACGGAAGUGCCGCGUACACGGGAAUUCACGUUUGCCGACGGAAUUUAAUAUCCGCUGCCUUCGUUAUGAAACACGAUCGCGCUUUUUCUCCCCUUUCACCGGCCGCCCGCGAGCUUUCGUUUUUGCAGCCCCGAUAGCGGUGCAACAUCGAAUCGAUAGCCAAGCUCGAGUCGCCUCGACGGAUUUCGACAAACACCGAUAAACCGACUAUCCCUCUGAUGUGCGAAUUCUUCCUUCGCGCAAAACCACGACAGAACGAACGCAGCCUGGUCAUUCGAGUGUCCUUCGUUUCGAAAGCAAAUUUCGUUUCGUGAAACGUCGAACACGAGCCUGGCCGCGUCAACGUUUCACGUUUGUUCUCGCUUGUUCGUUGAGGUUUGGUUAUAAACACCAGCAAACGUUUCGUUGGAGGGUGAAACACUCUGACGUUUUCGGUUGCAAACUUUUUUUUCUGGGAAUACUUGAUUGGCUCAUCCUGGUCCUUCAGAUUUAAUCUUUGAAUACUGUGCGUGACUCAUAAGAGUAUUUAAAGAGUAAAUUUGAAAAGGGGGGAAAGUGUAUAGGGCCUCAAAAAGGUAAAAGUUUGACAAGUGCCUGACUGUGUCGAUGAAAUCAGUGGAUAUUAUUCGAUGAAUUAAUCGCGUCUCCCUAAUAUUAUUUGCAAUCUUCGAAACUCUCGUGAAUAUACAAAAAACUGGAAGCUAGUGGAAGGGCAAAUCCCAGGGUUCGUCCCUAAUGAUUGUUUGGUCGGAAUCCGCUCGGGGAGGCGACGAGACGCUCCAGCAAAUGAGUGUCGCUGAUUGGUGGGUUCGCAGCGAUGUCGACGUACCUGCCAAUCUCCGCGUGUAAAUAUAAACGGCGAAAUGGGUUGUAAAUAAGCUGGCCGCGCGCGGUCGCGGGUACAAGGCCAGUUAUCUAUUGUUAUCGGCGAGCGUAUUGACUAUCGUGCGUGGUAAACACUCGAACACCUUCCACCUUUCCCUGUAUAAAUGUGUCAGUCACCCUGUAUUUAAUACGUUUGUACAUAGCGAUUCGUUUUCAAUAAAUAC